UUUCAGGGGAAACCUAAGUAGCGCAGCUUGAGAGAAGCCAGUCUGCGUCUAUUCUGGAACAUAUGCCUGGAUCACACUGCUCAAAGGAUAUUCAUAAGAGUAUCAGCUGCUCCACUUCUGCUGCCUGCUCCUCUCCUGCCGCCACAUUCACUGAGCUCCAGUCCCUGAUGGCUAGCCCUGAACUGCCGACAGAGCAUGACAACUCCCAAUUGGACAGAAAGGAGGAGGACCCCGAGCAGCCAGGUCCAAGAAGUCUGCAGACGGCCAAGGCCCGCUUCCUCAAAGAAGUCUCCUACUUCUCUGGAGACAUGAAGGUGUUUGGAAAAUGGAUGGAAAAGCAGUUCUUCUUGCUGCAGUUGCUGGACUGGGUUUUACGUGGAGCUGCUCAGGUGAUGUUCGUGAACAACCCUCUAAGCGGCCUCAUCAUUUUUGCUGGCCUCAUCCUGCAAAACUACUGGUGGGCUCUCAACGGCUUUGUGGGCACACUCUUUGCCACCAUUUCUGCCCUUAUUCUGCAACAGAACAGAGGUGCAAUAGCUGCAGGGCUGUAUGGAUACAAUGGCAUCCUGGUGGGUCUUCUGAUGGCGGUGUUCUCCAACAAAGGAGACUGGUACUGGUGGCUCCUGCUACCAAACAUCUUCAUGUCCAUGAUGUGCCCGAUUGUGUCCAGUGCCCUGGGAUCUAUUAACAGUCGAUGGGAUCUGCCAGUGUUCACUCUGCCCUUCAACAUCCUGGUGUGUCUCCACAUGGUUGCCACUGGACACUUCAACCACUACUUCCCCCAAGUCCUCAUUCAGCCUCGCUCAGAGCUAGCCAACAUCACCUGGGCUGAAAUCGACGUAGCCCAGCUGUUCAUGUCAGUGCCUGUGGGAAUAGGCCAGGUCUACGGCUGUGACAACCCGUGGACCGGAGGAAUCUUCAUUAUCUCACUGUUCAUUUCCUCCCCUAUCACCUGUGCUCAUGCUGUCCUGGGAUCUGCCGUAGGCAUGGUUUCAGGCUUGGCACUGGCAGCACCUUUUGGAGACAUUUACUUUGGCCUCUGGGGAUACAACUGUGUGUUAGCCUGCAUUGCCAUCGGAGGAAUGUUCUACGCUCUCACCUGGCAGGUGCAUCUGCUUGCUAUCACAUGUGCUUUUUUCUGUGCAUACCUCGGCUCAGCCAUUGCCAAUAUCAUGUCCGCGUUUGGUCUGCCAGCCUGCACUUGGCCUUUCUGUCUCUCUGCCCUCACUUUCCUCCUCUUAACCACGGGGACUAACAAGAUCUUUAAGCUACCGCUGGCUAAAGUCACUUACCCCGAGAAAAACCUGGGCUUCUUCUGGAAGCUAAAGAAGCAGGAGAAAAUGAAAAAGGCUGAGAAAGAGAAGAAAGAAAGGAAGGAGCAGAAGAACACCAUCGAAGAAGAGAUAAUACUGAACGAGAAAGAGCAACUGAGACUGGAGCUUGAAAUAUUGGAAGGAAAGAGAGCAGCAAGUGAGGCAUGAAACUGACGAGACACAUGUCGAAGGCUUUGGACCUGGGGAUGAACAGCAGGGUACUGAAGAGAUCAGACACAAUGACCUAACCAAGGUCACUGUUGCUGAUAAUGUUUAAUACUGUAUGUAUGCAGCGGGAGAGAUACAGAGGAUGGAGAUAAACACUCCAUCUUGCUUAAAUUGGCAUCCUCCAAAAAAUAACACACCACCAAGCAUGUAUAUGAACUUAACGGUUUAAUUAACAAACACGUACACAAGCAAACCUCUUGUUGCAUGAAAUUUAGGAAGUCUUUCGACUCUAUUUAUCAUAUAAUAAUCGUAAAGUUAUGUUAAUGUUCAUAUUAACAUUAUUGUGUACCAUUGUAUUUUGAUGCUUUGGUAACAUUUUUUUUGUUUUUACUUUUAUGUCAAUAAAUCCAAACUGAAUUGAAAUGAAUUGGAAACAGUAAUGGAACUUUUAUCAUUUAAGGGCUGAAUAAUUUCUGUGGAAAUAUUGUUUGUGGGCCAUAAUCUAAUAUAAUAAAGUAUAUAUGAGAUUAGCACCUGACACAUCAGUCUUGCAUGCCUUCUAAUAACUGCAACAUGUCUCGAUGGUACACCGAGACUACCCAAACUUUAAUUAAACAAUAA